UGCCAUGUAACCCGCUGUUUUAAGAGAUAAAGAAUAUUAAUAUUACUUAAAGUACGUAAUAUAGAGCCUCGUACUAGCUGUUUUGUCCUUUUUUAUGCGCUUUGUGGAUUUUCAAAACUUUCUCUGACAAUGCCAGUGGCAUGAUUGAUUGUGGUCUUUCCAAAACACCAUCUCGCGCUCAGCUAGUACAACUUGAAAUGUAGAUGAUGGAAGUUAUACGUGUAUCGCAGCUUUUUUCUAAUUGUCCAAAACAGCGAAGCACUGGCGAAUAGAUUUUCACAAUUCAUUCAAAAUUUCUAAGUGCGAACCGGCGCGCUUUCUCGUCUUGGAAUGUAGCCUCACCACAAGGGCGGAGUUUGAGUAUGCCUAAGAGGCACGCAUGCGUCCUUUCCGUCAAACGUGCGCGCUUACGUCAUUUCCGGGUGCCUUGCGCUGUCAGUGUAGGGCAUUGUGCUAUAUUGCGCAUGUUCCGGAUCCCGCACACACACACAUCUACACACACACUCUUAACAGCUUUUAGUCGCCGGAGUUUGGCGGAUAUGCUAAAAAUACAGAGGUUUUAAAAUCACGCGUAUAUGAUCUUUAGGAAAAUCACAAGUAAUGCAUUAGUUUUUACAUAGCUAAUUGUGUAGCUUUAGGACAGUAGGAGGUUGUCCUUUCUAUCAUCAUGCACCUGAGGAGGACUUGGUGUGUGGUCAGAGACAUGGUGGGUGGCCUGAGAGCUGGCUGUGCAAGGCUACAGGUGAAAAAGUUUGGAACUAUACUCAAUGGGCUUUUCAAGAACCAGGUGACUUUAAAGACAAAGUCACUGUACACGAGAUCAGACCCCUUCUGCUGUGGGCCUGAGAAGAGCUGGAGCAAACCAGCAGGGCAGGACACUGGUCUGAAGGUCUUCAACAGUCUCACUAAGCGGAAAGAACCGCUGAUACUGGCCAAGGAGGGAGCUGCUUCUUGGUACAGCUGUGGACCGACUGUUUACGAUCAUGCGCACCUCGGCCAUGCUUGCUCCUAUGUAAGGUUUGACAUCCUGCAGAGAAUAUUAUCCAGAGUUUUUGGAAUAAAUGUAACCCACAUUAUGGUUAUAACUGACAUUGAUGACAAAAUCAUCCAAAGAAGUCAGAAGGAUAACAUUUCAGCAACUGCCCUUGCCAAAAUAUACGAAGAAGAGUUUAAAAAUGACAUGUCAGCUUUAAAGGUGCUCCCGCCGACAUUGUACAUGAGAGUUACAGAAAACAUUCCGCAGAUUAUUGCUUUCAUAAAAGGAAUCAUCAAUAACGGACAUGCCUAUGCCACGCAUGAAGGCCAUGUCUAUUUUGACAUCCGUUCCAUUGGUAAUCGAUAUGGAAAGUUCACUGGGAUGUCAGUAGCAGCUUAUGAGCAAGGGGAGGGGGGCAAGCGGGACAUUCGAGAUUUUGCCCUGUGGAAAGCGUCUAAGCCGCUAGAGCCAUACUGGGAGUCCCCCUGGGGCCGGGGGCGGCCAGGAUGGCACAUCGAGUGUUCCACCAUCGCUAGCUCUGUAUUUGGAGACCAGCUGGACAUCCACUCUGGAGGCAUCGACCUGGCAUUCCCGCACCAUGAAAACGAGAUCGCUCAGUGUGAGGCCUACCACAAGUGUGACCAGUGGGGGAACUACUUCUUACACUCAGGGCAUUUGCAUCUAAGAGGAAGUACAGAGAAGAUGUCAAAAUCAUUAAAAAACUACAUUACUAUUAAGGAUUUUCUGCAGUCCUACUCUGCAGAUGAAUUCCGAAUGUUUUGCCUGUUGAGCAGGUAUCAGUCAGCUGUUGACUACAGUGACACCAGCAUGGCCAUAGCAAGGAGUUUGCUGCAGUCCAUCUCAGCGUUCAUCCAUGAUGCGGAGUCUUACAUGAAAGGCCAGCUGCUGUGCCAGGCUGUGGAUGAAGUGGCCCUGUGGCAACGGUUAGCUGACACGAAGGCCAGCGUUCAAAAGGCAUUGGCAGAUGACUUUGACACGCCACGGGCUAUUGAUGCAGUAAUGAGCCUUAUUCAUCAUGGCAACUGCCAGCUUCAGGUCAUUUCUAAGGCAAAUGGCUCAUCCAGGAGUGCAGCCCCGUUUGGAGCGAUUGUGUCCUACAUAAGGGACUUCCUAGAUGUCCUGGGCAUUGACGUAAUGGGCAAAAAGUUGCUCCAUUCAGUGGACUCUCCUGGACUCCUUGAGAAUGUGGUGGAAGAGCUUGUGAGGUUCCGCAGUGAGGUGCGUAGCAUUGCCCUUGCUCCACAGGAAGUGACGCCUAGCAACACCAAAGACGGGACCCCCCCAGGACAACCGAGGCGGGACAGAGUGCCCCUGCUAAGGGCUUGUGAUGCUCUGCGGAAGAACCUGGAACCCUUUGGUGUGCACAUCAAGGAUAGAGGCACACACUCCACCUGGGAAAUCAGCAGGAAGCAAAAGGAGUAGCGCAUGGUGGCCAAA